AUGGACUCAAGCGGCAACGGCUCCCUGGUUGGUGACGUGCACAGCAGCGGCGGAGACAUCGACUCGCUGCUCUCGAACGACGCGGAUGUAGCAAAACAGAAUGCGCGUCGUCCGCACGAGCCAUACGAGCGGCACCGCGCCCACGAGUUACGCGCUGAGUGCUACCGACGCCGUAUUCGCCCCAUCAAGAAAGGGCCGAACGCAAAUGACAAUAAAGGGGGAUACAUUGACUUACUUCGAAGAAACGACGGCACCAUUCCCUCAGUUCAAGCACCCCCACCCAGUAAUAAUAUGCAUCAAAUGCCCACGCGAGGUGACACAGAGAUCGAGGACCAGAGCGUCAGUAACGGCGGGGACAACAACACCGAAGCCCAGAUUAUCAGCAAUAUGACUAAUAAGAGGAAACUACCCACCAUGACCAUGCAGACCCAAACAGACACUUCCUCCGCUGGAGAAUUACAAGGAUUCUAUGAAGGAGGUCAGCCUAGUAUCGUGUCAGUGCUGCCCAUGCAGUAUCCAACGUCAAACAUGGGGAAGCCCACGACCUCGUCGGCCAAUAACCCAACGACAGACCUGGAAAUCCUCAGCGGGAUCGCCAAUUCCUAUACUCAGAACGUGUCGGCCGAUGGACAAUUAUGCGGCAGUUGUAGAACGGUCGUCACGGAUCAGCUGAUGGAGUCCAUUCGACUGGGCAAGACCAAGAUGAAGCUGCACGAGUGGCAGAAGAUGGCCGAGCAACGAGAUCGAGAUACGCAUCACUUAAAGGAGGUGCUGGACAUUUUACAGGAUUUACGCAAGUCGUACCGAGAGGCUCAGAUGCACGGGAUGAACCACGAGGUUCUGGGCGAGGUGCAGGAUGAUAUCGCGUUUUUCCGGUCCUUGAAGGAGCAGACGAAGGAGCGCAUGCGACUGGCGAUGCAAGACGCUCGCGAGCGUUCCAGCAACUCGAACGCCACCGCGUAA